AUGGGAAAGACGUAUUAUUACUCUCCGAAUUGGAGCUAUCCACCAGGCGGAUCCAUCGAUCUCGGCCGCAUAUGGACCUCUCCGGACGACCCCCGAACGAACCUCACUCCUCUUGCCUCGAGCAUCCCUGAGGUCCCACCAGAGGAAAUACAAAAGGGCUGGAAAGAAGGUCAGAAGCAUGAGACACACCCUGGCCGAGGUGGAACAUUGGGGCUUUGGGCAAAGUUCUUGGAAGUAUUCAUAGGGAUAGAGCGGACGGAGAACACUACUCUUCAAACAAGGAGAGAGGAUACGUGGUUCUUUAAUCCAAGGCCAGACGACACGACUUUCCUUGAGGCCGCCGUCGCUGAAGAAGCGGUACAGAACUUCAUUAUCAAGAACGAUUACCGGAAGAAUGUAUACAUGGUCACGGGUGUGAAGAUAUCUCGUGCAGCAAGCGGCAGCCAUGAAGAGUCAAAGAGGACCGAGCUGAGUAUGUCCGCGCAAGGCGAUGGCGCACCCGCAGGUAUACCAGUGUCUGCUGGGGCUGAUCUCGGUCUUUAUUCCAACAACCACACAACGUCAUCGUUCGACGAUUCGUCAGAUUUUGUAUUUGCGUAUCGAAUGAGUAAAGUAUAUUAUGAAAAGGCCGAUCCGUUGGAGCUGAGACAUAAGCCCCACAGUAAAGGUGCGGCCUUAUCUGGAUUGGAGGACGAGAUGGGAGAGCCGGCGGAGAUAGAGGAACAGCUUGAUACCAUCAAAGUUCUGGGAUUGGCGAGCCAGGAUACCGCGCUUGGAGGCUCUACCCUUGAGAAAGAAGUCUUGGUUGACGAGACAAGUGGCGAGGAGUGUACUGUGCUGAUUCCGAACUUUUAUUGA